CCAGGGCGAAUUUCUCUCGUAUUAUGCCGUCACGCGUGAGGAUUUCCACUUAGAGGAGCCAUCUGUGGGGCUGGGGGUAAGGGAAUGGACCUCCAUGACGAUGUCGAGCGAUGCAUACUGGAUGCAGAGUGAACUAACUGGCGGUGCGCCUUGGGAUGUGGAUGCGAACAUACAGCCCGAAUCUGGUGCAGACUCGACUACUCCCAAGAAACAAUGGAUCAGCGACACCAAUAGUCGGAGGAGCAGCGCAUUAUCGCACAUGCGUCAGGUAAAGACGCCCAUUUUGAUUCUGCACGGUGAGAACGAUGUGCGGGUGCCCAUAGCACAGGCCAUUGCGUUCUAUCGCGCAUGUGUCUGUAACAAGGUGUCGGUGGAGAUGGUGACGUAUCCUCGAGAAGGGCAUUUUAUUGUGGAAAGGAGAGAUCUUUGGGAUAUGUGGGAGCGCUUGAGGAGGUGUUGUGAUCGGUAUUUACGGUGACCGAGACCUGUCGAGAUAUUGAUCUAGGGGAAUACAUUCAUGGUAGAAGGGUCUGGAGUGUUAGGUACAUAAUCUGAUGUCUGAUUCA